UACACUAUAUAAAGUUGUACGUUCUUCCAGCCAUUUACUUACAAUAGUUGCAUUAGUAGCGAAGCAUCCCAAAAACCAGAACUCACCAUGCAGAAACUAAUUGUAAUUUUGGGUCUCGUUGCAAUUUUCGCUUAUGCAUCAGCUGUUGAAUGUCCUACUGACGACGGGAGCACACCCCAAUAUUACCCCCAUGAGACAGAAUGCGGAAAGUUCUACGAAUGUGAUAAUGGAAAAGCCCAACUCUUCGAAUGCGCCCCCGGAAGUUAUUGGGACUCGCGACAGGUUAUUUGUAGCACCGAAGCAGAUUGUGGUGAUUUGCUGACCUCAACUGCUACACCACCGCCAUCGCCCACAGAUUCCGAUUAAUUCAGUUUACAGGAAAUAUAUUAUAAAUAAGUAAA